AUGAGAGUCCACAGAAUAAGUGCAAAUGGAAAAGGGAAUAAAAUAGAGCUUGUAAUAGAGUUGGCUUGGCACUGCCCAUUGGAAAGAAAGGAAACUGAAGAGCCAGAAGUGGAGUUGACUCCUUAUGGAAGUAGCAACCCUGCCUCCUCCAUAGUGUUGGUUUCCUCUGCUUCUUUGCUUCCAAAUUUAGUAGAAGACUAUGGGGAAAGCCUGACUUGGAACUCCUGGACAUUUCUCCUCCUGCUGAGUCUCAGCUCCGUCAUCUAUUCCCAAAGCUGCAAAUUGCUCCAUCGUCAUCAUGAUCAUGUGACCAAGCAGAUCCUACAGAAGUUUAACCAGACGAUUGGAGCAAAUGAGUCUCCCGGAGAAUGUCUCAGCAACACCAUAAUCCUUCCAAAUAUUGAUCAUCUCUACCAGAUCUCACAGGUGGAAUCUGCAGCCAUCGCUGUGUGCGAAGUCUACAACCAGACUGUCCAGUUCUACAAGAAGCACCAUGAGAAACUUGGAUGCCAUCAGUCAGCCUGUGAUAGGCUGCAGGUCCUCUUAAAUCACCAGGGACAUCAGCUGGCUGACUGUAUCCCAGCAACAGCAGAAAACCAUCUCUUUAUAGAGGGAAUAUCAAAACAAUUCAAUUCACUGGAGAAGAUCAUACUUGACCAGGAUAACACUGAGUGUGCUCGGAGAAUCGUCCAAACUGAAAUAGGGAGAAAUCUACAACUGGCCGCUCAGCUCUCCUCUCGCAUGAGAAGACAACAACUUAUGAAGACUCUUCUGUAG